UAGACCACAGCCCUGUACGCACCUACCUGUGGGACUGCUGGGAUAUUGACCUCGAAGUGUGGAGUUGGACCAUAUUUUCCUUUAAAGCUUUUUGAGUCCGAGGGGUUUCGUCUGGGAUAAACAAAUAGGUGAAACUCGUUACCAAGAGCGGCCUGCAGCAUGUCUGGAUCUUUACCGUUCUACCAGAAGCACCACCGCCACUAUGACCGUGGCUACCGCAACAAGGAGACGGCAUCUAAAAUGAGCCAGUACCAGUCCAGCAGCAGCAUCAGCAGCAGCAGAUACUUUGCGGGCAGCAGUACCUCCGCCACCAGCAGCAGCAGAGGACUUAGACUGUCUGGGCUGGAAGAGAGCCGACUGAGCCCCAUACCCAAGAGAACCAAGCCAACUUACUUGGCUGUGGAUAGAGAGAACCAAAUCAUCGGCUAUGUAGUGCCUAUCUUCAGGGGCAGUCAAGAGUUUGCUACAGGAUAUUCGGAUACAGAGGAAUCAAGGGUGAGGGACAUGGCCCGCAGGGAUUUGUUCAGCAGUGGCCUGGAGAUGGAGAGGUCAGAGCUGAUCUCCAGGAAGGAGGCCAUGCGCGAGUCAGCUGAUCGCAUCUGUCUGAACAAAAGGAUCCAUGAUAAAGAGGAACACUCCAAGCGUAUGAACGAAGACAGCCUGAUGCAUCCCCCGGAGUUUUUGAUUAAACCUCGCUCCCACACUGUGUGGGAGAGGCAGUGUGUGCGGCUGCACUGCACCGUGACUGGUUGGCCUGACCCCCGGGUCGUCUGGUACAAAAACAAUGUGGCCAUUGAAUCGAUUGCAAACCCUGGCAAGUAUAAAGUUGAGAGCAGAUACAGCGUCCAUUCACUGGAUAUUAACAGAUGCGAUUUUGAUGACACAGCUCAGUAUCACGUCUCUGCCAUGAACUCCAAGGGGGAGCUCUCUGCGUUCGCCUCCGUUGUUGUUAAAAGGUUCAAAGGUGAAGUUGAUGAGUACCUGCCAGCUCCCAGACGGGCCAGUACUCAAGAUGGCCCAGUGUCUGAGUAUGGCAUCAACUUCCAGACUCACAUUGUUGAUAAGUUUGGUGUGUCGUUUGGAAGAGAGGGGGAGACCAUGAGCCUGGGGUGCACAGUCGUCAUCUACCCGGCCCUGCACCGCUACCAGCCAGAGGUCCAGUGGUACAAAGACGAUGUUCUGCUGUCUCCAUCUAAAUGGUACCAAAUGCACUGGAGCGGAGAAAGAGCCACACUGACGCUCGCGCACCUCAACAAGGAGGACGAGGGUCUCUACACCCUGCGAGUCACCACCAAGUCGGGAUAUGAAACCUACUCCUCCUAUGUCUUCGUCAGAGAUUCUGAUGCUGAGAUGGAAGGCGCUCCAGGAGCCCCUCUGGACGUUCGCUGUCUCGACGCCAACAAGGACUACAUCAUUGUCACUUGGAAACAGCCGGCUGUCGAUGGGGGCAACUCCAUCCUGGGCUACUUCGUGGACAGGUGUGAGGUUGGAACCAACCACUGGAUCCAGUGCAAUGACACUCCGGUCAAGUUCGCCCGUUUCCCUGUGACCGGUUUGGUGGAGGGUCGCUCUUACGUCUUCCGCGUGCGUGCUAUCAACAACAGCGGCAUGAGUCACCCGUCCAGAGUGUCCGAACCAGUGGCCGCCAUGGACCCGGCUGACCGCGCCCGCUUGAGAAGUACUUCUGCUCCCUGGACCGGCCAAAUCAUUGUCACAGAGGAGGAACCUGCAGAGGGCAUUGUUCCUGGCAGACCUCUUGAACUCCAGGUGACGGAGGCGACCAAGAAUUACGUGGUGCUGAGCUGGAAGCCGCCAGGAGAGAAAGGCCUGGAGGGAGUCAUGUACUACGUGGAGAAGUGUGUGUCGGGCACAGACAGCUGGCAGAGGGUGAACACAGAGAUCCCAGUCAAGUCCCCUCGCUUUGCGUUGUUCGAUCUGGCCGAGGGGAAGUCCUACAGCUUCCGUGUCAGGUGCUGCAACCCUGCCGGGGUCGGUGAACCCUCCGACCCGACGGAGGCCACCACAGUUGGCGACAAGCUUGAUAUCCCAUCAGCCCCAAGCAAAGUAGUCCCCAUCAGAAACACAGACACAUCAGUCGUCGUGUCUUGGGUAGCGUCCAGUGAUGCCAAAGAGUUAGUUGGGUACUACAUCGAGGGGAGCAUCGUGGGCAGCAACGUGUGGGAGCCGUGCAACAACAAGCCCGUAAAUGUGACCAGGUUCAUCUGCCACGGUCUGACGACGGGAGAGAAGUACGUGUUUAGGGUGAGGGCAGUGAACGCAGCAGGGCUCAGCCAGUUCUCCCCAGAGUCUGAGCCUGUGGAGGUGAAGGCUGCUAUUGCCUCCCCUGCUCCGCCCUUUGGCAUCAGCGUCCUGGAGUGUGUGCGUGACUCCAUGGUGCUGGCCUGGAAACAGCCGAGCUUCAUCGGCGGUGCUGACAUCUCCGGCUACUUCGUGGAUUACCGUGAUGUCAUCGAUGGCGUGCCGGGGAAGUGGCACGAGGCCAACAUCAAGGCCAUCAGUGAGAGGGCCUACAGAGUGUCCGACCUGAUGGAGAACAGGAAGUACCAGUUCCAGGUGCGAGCAGCCAACAUGGCCGGUGUUGGCAUCCCGUCACUGCCCAGUGACACCUUCCUGUGUGAGGAGUGGACCAUCGCUGUGCCAGGACCUCCUCACGACCUGCAGGUGAGAGAGGUGCGCAACGACUCUAUGGUGCUGCUCUGGAAACCACCUGUGUACCAGGGCCGCGAUCCGGUCAAUGGGUUCUACAUCGACAUCAAGGAGGAGGACGCCCCGGUGGAGGCGUGGAGAAGCGUCAACAACAAGGCCACGGAGAAGACGUACAUGAAGAUCAAGAACCUGAAGGAGGGAGAGGUGUUCGUGUUCCGGGUUCGUGCUCAGAAUAAAGCCGGUGUCGGAAAAACGUCUGAAGUGACAGAGCCGGUUUCAGCUGUGACCAAACCUGGCACUAAUGAGAUCGUCGUGGCUGUGGAUGAUGACGGCAUCAUCUCCCUGAACUUCGAAUGCUGUGACCUGACCCCUGACUCCAAAUUCGUGUGGUCCAAGAAUUACGAGGAGAUCACAGACCCCUCCCGCUUGACUAUGGAGACCAAGGGAAACAAAUCUAAAGCUGUCUUCAACACACCUGGAGAGGAGGACAUUGGCCUCUACUCCUGUAUCGUCACCCACACUGAUGGAGCUUCAUCCAGCUAUGAUCUCUCUGAGCAAGAGUUGAAGAGGCUGCUGGAGGUCAGUCACGACCAUAAAUUCCCCAUUAUUCCCCUGAAGUCAGAGUUGGCUGUGGAGCUGCUGGAGAAAGGCAGAGUUCGCUUUUGGCUGCAAGCCGAGAAGAUUUCCGCCGAUGGCAAAGUCGAUUACGUGUUCAAUGAGAACCUUAUCUCUCAGGGGGAGAAAUACAAGAUGAACUUUGACAAGAGCACCGGCGUGAUCGAGAUGAUCAUGGAUUCUCUGACCCCGGCGGACGAGGGCACCUUCACCUUCCAGCUGAAGGACGGGAAAGCCACCAACCAGUCCAGCUUGGUGCUGAUAGGAGACGUGUUCAAGGGGCUGCAGAAGGAAUCAGAGUUCCAGAUGAAAGAGUGGAUCAGAAAGCAAGGUCCUCACUUUAUCGAGUAUCUGAGUUACGAGGUGACGCCCGAGUGCUGUGUUGUGCUGAAGUGCAAGGUCGGCAACGUGAAGAAGGAGACCUCGGCCCUGUGGUACAAAGACGGACAAGAGAUCAAGGCAGACGAGCAUCUUGGCUUCACAGAGGGAGUGCUCAAACUGGAAAUAGCUCAGAUUUCCAAGAAGGAUUCCGGUGUGUACGAGGUCGUUCUGAAGGACGACAGAGGAAAGGACACGUCCACGUUGAAUUUGACGGAUCAAGGUUUCAAGGACUUGAUGAAUGAAGUUUUCAGUUUUAUUGCCAAUUCCUCCACUCCACUGAAGAUCACAAGCACGGACGAGGGCAUCCGACUCUACACCUUCGUCAACUUCUAUAACGAUUUACUCCAAGUGACAUGGCACUACAAAGAUUCAGCCAUCUCCUUCUCUGACCGUAUAAAGAGUGGCGUGGUGGGGGAGCAGCUGUGGCUGCAGAUCACUGAGCCCACAGAGAAAGACACAGGCAAAUACGCCAUCGAGUUCAACGAUGGAAAGGGAGGCCUGAGGAGGACCGUGGAGUUGUCUGGUCAAGCAUUUGAUGACGCUUUUGCGGAAUUCCAGAGACUCAAGUCCGCUGCUGUUGCAGAGAAAGGUCGUGCUCGAGUAGCAGGAGGUUUGCCUGAUGUGGUCACCAUCCAGGAGGGCAAGGCCCUGAAUCUAACCUGCAACAUUUCGGGCGACCCCGUGCCAAAGGUCACCUGGCUGAAGAACGACAGGGAGAUCACGUCCGACGACCACUGCAUCCUGAAGUUCGAGUCCGGCAAGUUCGCCAGCUUCACCAUCACGGCCGUGAACACGUCGGACACCGGCAAAUACAGCAUCCUGGUGAAGAACAAGUACGGCACAGAGAGCGGGGACUUCACCCUGGAGACCACAGAGGGGACGCCUGACCAGGGCGUGACGUCGUACUGGACCGACCCAGUGGGAAAUGUGGUGUUUGGCCCAAACACUCCCCAGGAAAAGAUAGAGAUGCAAAAGCGAAAGGCUAAGACGCCCCCUGUGAAAAUGAAGGAAGACAAAAAGGAGAGAAAAAGUGAGGAACCGGAGGGGGAGCAGAAGAAUAAGAUGAAAGUCGAUGACGCUGCAGAAACAAAAGCUUCAGAUUCAGCCGACCAACCAGAGGCUGAGAGGACACAGCCGGAGUGAAUGAGAAAAGCAUUAAUUACUCAUACAUAUAAGCAUUAUCUACAAGUUUGAUGUGGAGUUGUGUUGUGUUUUCAGUGAUCUCAACUUUGAUCAGGUCACAGACUGUUUCUACUGUUUUUCAAAUCUUUUUGAUCUGGAUUUAGUAUCUGUCAGUUUUAUCCUUUUCCUAUUUGUUUGAAUAAAGAAGCUGUUAAAAAUA